CUCCCCCGACAUUAGUCAGGAGAAAUGAAGCAAAUUGGAAUUUCAAAGUUCCUUCAUUAACAGAUGAAAACCUCGAAGACAAUGAAUCCUUACGUGUCCCACAAUCAAAAAUGAAAAAAGUUUUAGGAUAGAACGCAACGAAUUCAGAUUCAAACUAGAUCAAUUCAGAAUAGUUCUCGAAUACAAACUUCGAUUGAAAGACUGAUUCGAAUUAAAGUGAUUGGAUCAAGAUCUACCGGAGAUCUGAUCCAACAUAAGACACUAGAAUCCUCAUAACACACCUCAAAUUGUUCGUUACACAUAACAACUGGAUUUUCCCCAUAUUGACGAUUUUUUCACUUAAAAAUCGUUCCCAUUGUAGGAACAUUACAUCGAUAGAGCUGUAUAAGAAUUUCGGAUAUCAAUUUACACAUUCAAAUUCGAACAACAACAAAAAUAUGUAUUGAUAAAAUCGCUCUUAAAUACGAAAAAAAAAUUAUCAAAAAAGACUAAAUCUUGCAUUCAACAUUUCACCCUUUUUGCUCCCGUGCCUAAAGGUCGUCGGAAAAUGAGCAUACGAGGAAUCCCACCUAGUUUCUGCAGGCGACGAAGCCAAAUUUAGCCCAUGGUACCUCCUUAGUACGGUCAUGGCUAGGUUGCAGACGAUCCCGAACAAGUUAGCAGAGGCAUCUGGUAAAUCCAUCGUUGCAUUCUCUGCUGUUAACUUUAAACCGGGUAUCUGAAAAAGAAACACCUUAAAAGGUUACUGUUUUCGAGUUAAAACGAUACAUAACUAACCUUGAAUCUAAUUUUGCGUUGCUUUCCUUCCAUCCCGUCCAAAAGUGAUUGUUGAUGUGAAGAGCUGGAACGACGACAAAAACAAUGAUUAUUUUUUUUGCGACUGUAUGUACAGCAACCAUUUCGGAUGUGUUGCAGAACAUAGCAAAACUAAAACGAGAAAAACUUACCUGCUGAUAUUUCGAGAUGUAUUUCCACUGGUUCCGGAUAUUUCCUUUCCGCAGUUUGAGCUAGAACAGAUUAGAGUUAUAAAAACGUAAGAAUUAGGCUGAAGUCUGCAUAAUUAGCGCUAGAAAGGAAUUAUGUUGCGAAGAUUAGGACUUACCUUGAUAAUCCACCAGCUAUAGGAAGUUUAUUUACCUUCAAAUUUCGACCGGUCGAACAAGUCAUUCACUUGUUUAUUUUGAAUUAUACUUCUUCUUAAAUGUAUUCCUGUUCAUGAAUAUUUUGAACAUACAUUUGACGUCUCUUAUGUGAGUUACUGUCAAGAAUCGCUACAAUAACCAAAACACUGAAAUAAAAUCACAAGCUGUUUCUGUCACGAGUGGACAUGAAAUUACGCGGAUUGUGAUAGUAAAAAUUUCAAAUUAAGUUGGAUUAUUUAUUUUGAUCAAACAAAAUAAAGUAUAGAGACAAGACACAGGUUCAUUCAUCUCUCUUGGAACAAAAUGAAUGUGUUACCAUUCAUUUUGAAAAGGGACGAUGGGGUAAUGUAACCAUCUGUUACUUAAUGUCUAUGUGACUCCGUCACAAAAUUCAAACAUCCCUGUACAAUUCAGAAAACCCUACAACAGUCGCCCUCUAUCAGCACAACUGACAUCCCUGUCCAGGAGUUCACCACUCAUUCACGGCACUCUCAGAGAUUCUCCAGAGGCGCCGUGUAUUUUAAAGAGCAAAGCGGGGAAGUGUGGCCACCCAGAAAAGCAACACACUCUUAAAAUGUUUUGUAGAUAAUAGUUGUUUGUUAGUGUGUUGGUUGGACAAGAUAGUGUACUUAACGCUUUGUUAGCGAUCCGUUUCCUGUCCUGUCCUUUCUGUUCGUGACCGCCUGAGGGAAAAGAAGUGCGCGACGUGUUAGUUUGUCGAAGAAACAAAAAGUGCGACAAGUACACACGGUGAACAUAAAGUUAAAAUUGUGUAAAAGCCUAAAAACAAGCGUAACAAACAUAAACAUUGUUAAAACACACGGAAACAAACGAGCAAUCGAAAAACAAAGAAAAAGGUCCAAGAGGGCCUUUUUCUUUCUGGUUUGUGCUGGUUCUGUCGAGCCACAAUUCCUUCAUCCCCAGGCAAUCACCAGAUCCGGACAGAAAGGUCCCUGCGUGCCUCGACUCCAUCGAUACAACACCUCGAGUCGGCACCUAACCUUACAUCCAUGGGUCAGCAUCGACACAAACAUCUCGCUGUCCCUAACGCAUGCAAAGUAGUACCGAGCACGGGUGGAAUCGUUCCGAAAACAGCGAUUCACAGUCGUGUCAACGGAUGCGGCUAUUCACAACCAUCGGAAUCCGCCAUUGGUCGUGGCGGAAAGCUAGAUCGACCGAAGCAUCGUAGCAACACAAUAAUACCGCAAGUACCCCAUGUUGUAGCACGUCAUAAAGUUAGGGCUAUCCAUUAGGAAUAAAAACAUCCAUAUUUGUGAACCGUAGACCUCCGUAAGUGAUUUAUUCUUUCGGGUUUUCCCACGAAUCUAAGAUCAGAAAUUGUCUUCAGUCCUCGCCCUGGGGUGGUCCUAACAGUUUGACAGGUUUUAUAGUUCCUCUUUAAUUGAUGUCGUCUAACUCUGGUUGGUAGCAUGAGAGGUACCCACCCGUUUCGGCACCCUGGAUAUGCACGUUCGCUGAAUCUGGAAGUUCCUGUUGUGAGAUACCGCAGAGGAAAGUGAACAGUGUGUAGGAAAUAAAGUGGAGUGUAGGUAAUCUAAAUAAAUAAACUAAGGCAGGUUAAGUUUAUAUGGAUAGGUAUUAGAUAAAUAAGUAAGAAACUCCAAUAGGUAUAAAUAUAUACAUUAUAAUAAUGCUUUAGACAGAAAAAUAAAUAGAAUUGUUUCAAUCAAAUAUAAAAGGAUGAGCUCUUUAAAUUAAUAGAAUCGAACAAACAUGCGUUUACAGAAAAAUGAAAUCAUCAAGAAAUAUUACUAUAGUUUGAGUUCCCACCCCUAUCGCAAAAAAAAGUGCUCCUGUUAUUUGUUGUAUAAGGAGCGGAUCACAAUGCUUGCUCUUUGAAUAAAAAAGGGAGAAUUUGUAUUGAGCUUCAAGGGAUGACGAGAGUGUGUAGAGUUUCCUAAAAAGCUCAGAGAAUAGGUUCGGCACAGGACAAGAUGUGUAAAGGAGAUCAGUUUGAAGACUAACUUUUCAGAGAGAGCGUCGGACACGGAUAGCUCCUAGCGUUGUGAAAAGUGACUUAAGAAGCGAGUAAAUAUGGCGGACAAACCUGUCGGUUUCGACAUUGGCGCAGCCGGUACAACGAAGAGGUUGGGAAUUACACCGUUCGAACUACUAGUUGGCUGGCGAUAUCGAGGAAUGUUUCCUUGUCUGUGGAAUUCUAAGGAGGAGAGCAUAAACCGUGAAGAAGUCAAGGAAAAAGAUUGGGAAGCAAAACACAUAAGCAAGAAACAUGCAGACGACCGUCGCGGAGCCAAAGAGUCUUCAAUAUGUUGUGGAGAUAUGGUUUUUAUGGCUAUACCCAAGAAGAGCAAAACCGAUCCAUCCUUUUCACGCGAGCCUUUCAGAGUUUUGUCGAGGGAAGGAGCGAAGGUGGUUAUCGAGAACGAAAAAGGUGUAAGGUUCUCACGUAACGUACAAGACAUCAAACUAGUCCCAGGUGCAGAAAACCAGCGUAUUUCCCAGUUUGAAGAAAAUAUUAUCGACUCAGCAGAGACAUCGAACGUCGGGAACGCUCAGUCGACGGAUUAUACAAUGGGAACACGAGGUCAUUUUAAUAUGAAUUCGCAUACCGAUGAACAAACAGGAGGAGUAAAUGCACAAUCACCAAGAAUCAGACCAAGGCGUAACAUCAGACAGCCUAUGAAAUUUAAGGAUAUGGUGUUAAAUCAGGAUUCUUUCGAUCUAUGUUCUGAGGAUGAUUAUGCUGUUGAAGAAACGGAGUGCCAUGACAUCGAAACGGAAGAGACAGAUAUCGAUAUGGAACAUCAUUCCACUGAAGGAAUCAAUAUCUCGAAUAGUUUGGUUCCCGCUACACCUAACAAGAGAGAGAGAAACUCGCCUACAAUGGUUACAAAUCCAUACGAGCAAAGACCUAAGCGAAUUAUCAACAAGCCAAACAAAUUUAAUGAUCACUUUGUCUAUCAUGUGAUAUAUUAAUUUUUUUCUGAGUGUAAUCUUAUUUUGUUAAAGUUUCAAUUAAUUAAAAUCCAUGUGACAAAGUUCAUUACUGAUAUAUGUUUCCGUGACACUCAUCAGUUCUAUGUUACAAAAACAGUAACCACAGUUACAGAUCUGCAAACUGCUUUACAGAUCAAGCCUUCCGAAACUCUUUAACCUCACUUAGAAAAAAAUAAAAGUAUUUUACUCACGAUUGCAUUUGCAGUUGAACAGUCAAACGUCAAUACUUCAGCGCUUAAGUAUUUCAGCAGCGGUUUCGAGGAAGUUUCGUAGUGGUUUCGAUCUGGAUAAUGUCCUUUUUAAUUGAAUUUCGCAUUGUUGAUGGCUUCAGAUGCUCCGAGUUCGUCAGUUGAUUCAUUGUUUACUUUUUCUUCAUCUUGAAUUCUUUUUCGAUGCUCCGU